AUGUUGUUACCUAAAAACCUGCAGGGUAAAGCCUUAUUGGGGGCUAAGGGUCCUCCAAAGAUGAAAAAUAGUGGUCCUCUUCUUAAAUUAGCAUCUAAUUCAGCUAAAGUUGCUAAACCCACAUUAUCAACUCAAAAAGUAGAUUUAAGCUUAUCAGGUAAAUCUUCUAUAGUUUCAAAAGAAAAUAUACCCUUGAAACCUUUUGUUAAGGGAUCUUUACUUGGAAAAAAAUUGCCAAGAGAAAAUUCAGCAACUUUAAAAUUAGAUCCAAAAAUAUCGAAUAGAGAUCCAUUAAAUCCGAAAUUAAGUGGUAGUGCAUCAUUAGAAAAAAAUCUAGAAACCAAGCCUAGUAGUGAAGUGCAGAAAGUUUCUAUGUCUAGUACAAACAUACUUCCGGGAUAUAAUGAUAGUAGCACACUAUUGGAAGGAACUUUCCCAUUUGAUAUUGGUCCAGCUCAUAAGCUGAUUUUUCAGGACAAAGUUCAAACUAAUAUGCCGUCAAAUGAUGCCUGGCAAAGUUUGAAUAUUUUAAAAAGAGAACAGGAAAUGUUUCAGUUACAUGUUAGCGUGUUGGACCCAAAAUUAUCAGAAUCUGCAGAGCAUUCACUAGCAGCUUUGAGCCAAAGUUUUAAGGAGCAACUAGCAGUAAGACAUUUCACAUUGACAACUGCUGAAAAAAACAAUCUUUUGUUUGGAAAAGCAUCUAAGGCACGACCGCAAACAGUUAGUGAAAAAUUUGGAACAAUGAGUGAUUCUCUUUUACUAUUACAACGUCUUGAAGAUACAAGAAGUGAAGGGGAGAUACAUGAAAUACAAAGGAUAUCUCGAAGGUUACGAACCUCAGCUAUAGAUUCAUUUAUGAAGUCUCAAUAUGCAGAUGCUCUUCUAAAGGCUCUUCAUUGUUAUGAAUUAUGUAGAGCAUUCCUGUCAAAGUUAUUGGGACACCCAUUAGAAGGCGUAAUGGUUGUAGAAUUGAUUAUAAUUAGUAAAUGUUGUGGUUUGGCAGGUGAUUUAGCUAAAGGAGAAGUAUACCUACGUGAAUUACGAUAUCUUGUUGAGAAUACAAUAAUGGUUGUGGCCAAUGACAUAAAUAAUGUAAAUAAUACUAAAUCUAUAUCUGGAAAUCCUCCAAAUAAUGUUACUGGUGUUUCUACACAAUUAUUGAGUGGAAUGUCUGGUAAUAAUGCUUCAGUUCAAGGUCCUACUAUAUCAUGUGAACCAUCUGUAUUAUGUAGUCUUGUGUUAACUUUGGCAGAUUUAUGUAGUUUGUAUAGAGAUCAUAAUUCUGCGAAAUUUUAUUUUGAGAAAUAUUUGCUUCUAAUGUAUCAGAUUUAUGGUUCUGAAGAUUUGGUGAUGAGUGAUGCCUAUUUAACCGUAGCUAGCUACUAUUUUAGAAUUAAAGAUUUCGAUACAUGUAAAAAACACAUUUUAGCUUGUUUGGAGAUCAGAAUAGAUAUUCUUGGUGAUCAUGAUAAAGUUCCACCCCAUCCAAGAGUUGCUGAUUGCUAUUCAAAUUUAGGACUUAUAUGUCGACUUACUGGUGAAAUUAAACUUGCAAUGCAAUAUGUUAUGGUUGCAUUAGAUAUGCAAAUGAGGAUAAAUCGCAAAAGAGAUUGUUUAGCUGUUCAAGAUUGUAUGUUGGCUUUAGGGUGUAUUUUUCAUCAAGCUGGAAAUUUUAGAUAUGCUUUAGAAAUAUACAAUGAAGUAUAUAGAUUCCGUAGAGAAUAUCUUGGUUUUAUGCAUACAGAUACUCGAUUUGUAUAUCACCUUAUUAGGCAGUUAGAUGCUGAUACACAGGUAUAUAUAUCUGAAAAUUCCCAGAGUUAUACUAGUUUAAAUAUGAAACAAGAUAUAUUUGAACAAGCUGAUGGAGAAUUUCAGAAUCCUAUUUCAUUAGCUGAAAAUAGGUUAAGACAUAUAGUUAAAGAGGCAAUUGGAAGAGCCCAGAAAUUAUCUUCAAUAAUGUAUGAAGAGUCAGCACUUUUGGCAAGUUCUCUAGCACCUAGUAUAGAUCAAUUUCGAUAUAAGCAAUUGGAAACAUUUCUCUAUGAUACAAAAUAUAAAAAGAGCUUAAAAAGUCAAUCACUUUUUGAUAAGAAACAGACAUCACAAAUUAUGUCUGUUUCACGUAUUCGUGCUUUAUAUGGAGAAACUUUCCAAAGUAUGACUGUUAACUCAACGGUGAUACUCCCUCAUUUGCAAAUAAGAAUUACAGGUCCCGAUUAUUUAGCUGUUUCAACGAUGCUUGCAUUACCACCAUUUGCAAAAGGAAGACGUAGGAGGCUUCCAAUAGUCAAUAUACCAAAACUGCAAAAGGGGUUUGCUGUUAUGGGAGAACAAGGUGUAACAAUGACUCUAAAUGAAGAUGUAAUUCCUAUUCUGAGGGAGUGGGAAAUACCUGAACCCUAUGUUACCUUAGAAGGAAAAGUUACUAUAGAGGAACAGAAAAAUGCUAAUAUAAAAGUCCCCUAUUUGUUACCUUUGGUUGACUCCCAAGGGACAAAUGAUAUAAAAGCUUAUUAUAAAGAGACAAUUUGGGUACCAAAUCCAGUAUAUCCUCUAUAUGUAACUCGUAUAUUAGAAGAAUCUGAUCAUAUUUCAGAUAUUAAUGAUUUGAAAAAUUCAACAGCUUUAAAUCAUUCAACUAAUUCAGUUACAUCAAGACUUGCAAAGUAUUCUAUGCCUUUACCCAGUAAUACUGAGCUUGAAAAUAUUACUGGCAUAAGACCUGGAAUUGAAGAUACAGACUCUGGACGUUUACCUUGUGUUGAAUGUAUCAAUAGUCAAGGUAAAAUAAUUUUAAAGUUACCUUACUCACUAAGCUUAGAAUCAUUUGCAUGUGCCUCUACAAGAUUAACUUUAAUGGCUGCAAAUCAAUGGAAUUUACCACUCCAGCAUUCUAAUCAAACUUCUCCUGUUGUUCCAGGAUCAGGAUUAGAAGAUCUAUUAGGUUCAAUGGCUCAGUACAAGCCCUUUAAUGGUACUUCUUCUACUCCAAAUUUCGAUGGUAUACCUACCGGUAUUCCACUUGCAAAUCUAUUAGAGGGAAUAGGUACUAUCCAAGCACCUAUUAUAAAAACUGAAUCAAAAGAAGUAUCAAAAGCUAAAUCUGAUGCUAAAUCACCACCAGCAAAAGGACCUGAAACAAAAGGAAAAGGUCCACCAGUAAAAGGUGCUCCAUAUGGAAAAGGUGCUCCUCCACUGGGAAAAGGGCCUCCUGGUUUGAAAGGUCCACCAAAGGGAAAAGGUACAAAAACUUUUGGAAAAGCAAAGAAGUUCUCUGGUCCACCUAGUAAAAUAAAAAAGUUGCACUGGGACAAAGUUGAAAAUAUCCAAAAUACUAUUUGGGAUGUCAAGGAACCUGUGAAAUUAGAUUUUGGAAAUUUGGAAGAAAUAUUUGGUCUAGAUACUAAUAAAUCUAAGAAAGCAGGUCUAGAAACAAAGAAACCUAAAGUAUUACAAAUAUUACCAGAUUCUAAGAGAGCAUACAAUAUUAGCAUUGCUCUUUCACGUUUCAACAAUUAUACAUAUCAACAAUUAAGAGAUGCCAUACUAGAUUUAGACGAACAUAUUUUAGAUGUAGAAGCUACUGAGGCUUUAAUAUCAAUGAGUCCAACACCAGAAGAAAUGACUAUAGUCAAAGAGUUUAUUGAUGCAGGUGGUGAUUUAACACAGCUAGAUAAACCUGAACAAUUCAUUGCUGCAAUGAUUGGUAUUCCAUUAUUCACUCAAAGAUUAAAUGCGCAGCUGUAUAAAUUAACAUUUAAUAAUACUUGGAACACUUUAGAAGGUCCCUUAGAAGAUAUGUUAGGAGCUUGUAAUGAAAUUCGUAGUAGCUUGAAACUAAAAAAAGUAUUCUCAAUUAUUUUAUCUAUUGGUAAUAUAAUGAACAGUAAUACAGAUAAGGGAGAUGCUAAGGGCUUUAGAAUAAGUUCUUUAUCUAAACUAAGUGAAGUACGCUCUUCUACAAAGCCCGUCAGAACAUUAAUACAGUAUAUUGGAGAUAUUAUAUGGCGUGAUAAACCCGAAUUACUUAAUUUAGCAGAAUCUUUAAAUUUACUAGAAAAGGUAACCAAGUGUGACUUGGGUAUUAUUGAAGGUGAAAUUCAAUCACUUUCUAAUGGUCUGACUAAGCUACAAAAUACUAUGAAAUUGGCUCAGAAAACAAAUGAACAGGCUGGACCCUUGGGCGAUAAAGACCCUAUUGCAAAAAUAUUAUCAGAAUUUAUUGCAGAUGCAGAACCUAAAAUAGAUGAUUUGAAUGCCACACUCAAAACAACUAAAGAGCAACUAGGAAAAGUUGCAUUAUAUUUAGGGGAACCACAAAUAGCUAUUUCAAAAAUUGUAUGGGCAGACUUCUUUAGUACUCUUUGGACAUUUAUUUCAACUCUUGAUAAUAUAAGAAGGGCCAAAGAAGAAGAGCAAAAAAGGCAAAAACAAAAAGAGAAUAUUAUACAAAGAGAAAAGAAUUCUACAUUAAUAAAAAUUAAGGCAACGGAGAAGAAGAUUAGUGGGACUUCAAGACGCACAACUCUAGCAGCUAGACCAGUAUUACAAAAACAACGUAUGAUUGUAACAAUGGCCCCAAAAGCUAAUGCUGUAAAGACAAGUAAGCUUGAUGAAAUGGCAAGCUGGUUUGCAUCUAACCCAACUGAGACUCAAACCCCAUCCUUCCUUCAAGAUAUUUCACAACAGCCUGCUGACAUAUCUACUGAUUAUACUCAAUUAGAUGUUGAUGUUGAUUUAUGGUAG